AUGGAGUCAUUGGAACCGCAUCAUAGAGAUAAAUUUGAGGAGUUUAAAUCAAUUACAGGUAUAGAUAAUGAUUCACAAGAUGAAAAGAUUGUUCAAUUGUUGACUAUCCAUGAUUUUAAUUUAAACAAUGCAAUUUCAGUAUAUUUUGAUACUGGAUUUGAUUCUAUUGCUAAUAGUUCAGGCAUAAAUGUACAUGAUCAAGAUGAUAGUCACUUAACCCACAGACAUUCGGAUCAUUCGUCUGUUCCUCUGAUUCCACGACAACCGGAAAUGGUUAACUUACAGAAUCAAAUGUUUUAUGAUAGUCUUAUGCCAAGAUUACCCAAGGCACCUAUAAUUCCUACUGGUUGGCAAUUAGAAGUAGGUAUUCAUACAUCAAUUAUAGAAGAUAGGUUAAGAAGAGAAAAGGAAGAACAAAAUAAAGAAAAAUCAAAGGAAGAUAUUAAUGAAGCAACAGAAUCAAUACAUUCACGUGAAAGCAGUAGUACUAAUAGGUCACCACUAAAUGCAUUAUGGAUCAUCCUAUUGAUUAUCCCGAAAACCAUAUUGAAUGUUGUCUUAUCAGCAUUUAGGUUUUUAUUUGGUUGGGAUGUUUUAAAGGUAAGUCUGUCUAAAAUUCCUUCAUCGUUCAAUUAUGAAAAAUUCAUCCCCAAUUAUAAGUUCUUACCAAAAUUACGAGAAGAUGACAAUAGCAAUAUGUUGGAAAACUACAUUUUCCAUGAAGAUAAUUUCAAUGAACUUCAUCAAGUGGUUCAGAAGGAAUACCGCUGGUUAUUGGUUGUAUUGGUAAAUGAUUCUAUCGAAAGCAAUAAUUUCCUUCAUGCUUUAGUAAGGCAUCCCGAUUUUGGUAAAUUGUUUAAUAAAAACUCUGGUUUAUUUAAAGAAACUGAGAUAUUUGUCAAUAACAUUGAGAGAUCCCCUGAAGCAUUCCAAGUGGCCCAAACUUAUAAACUGAAAAGAAUACCUUAUUUAAUGUUGAUUGGAAAUGUAUCGGCUAGUCCUGAAAUCAUGCCGUCUAUGUCAACACUAUAUAAAUCAAAUUUAUCUAGACCAUUUAUCACUGAAGAUGAACUUCCUAUUACCACAGCCAAGAUUCUUAAAAAUUUGUCGAAACUAUUAGAUAGAUUCAAUCCACAAUUAGUGUCGGCUAGAUUUGACAAACAAGAAAUGGACAUCAGUCGUCAAAUCAGAGAAGAACAAGAUAGUGCAUAUUUACGUUCAUUGGAACAAGACAAGUUGAAAAAAGAAAUCAAAAUGCAAGAAGAAUAUGCCAAAAAAGUGGCUGAACAGAGAGCUAAUUUACGUCACUAUUAUUUGUUGAUAUUAUUGCAAACUAAGUACAUUGAAACGAAUGUACUUGAUGAAGAAAGUGAAUUCAAAUGCAAGAUAGCUUUGAAACUUCCUAAUGGUAAAAGAAUUGUUGAAUUAUUCAAUGGCGAAAUCUCAUUACUUGAAUUUUACAUGUUCAUUGAAUUGAAAUUAUUUUUGGAACAGAACCAAGACUUAGAUCAAGAACAUAUUAAUGAUCUAAUUGAUAAUUUGGACCUUGAUGACGUCACUAAGGAAUCAAUUCAAGAUAUAAAAGAUUACUAUGAUCAAUACUCAUUCAAGUUUGAUAUUAUUCAACCUUACCCUAAGAAAGUUAUCCAUUUGGAAGACUAUGACAAAUGUAUUAAAGAUAUUUCUGAGUUCAGUAAAGGGGCUAACUUCUUAGUUGAAUAUAACGAUGAUGAGGAAGAUGAAGAUGAGGAGGACGAGGAAUCAGACUAG